AUGGCCCAACGUUUCAGCUGGCGUGCAAGCGCUGCAGCGGCCCUGGCCAUUACUCCGCUGGUUACUGCAGAUAUCUGCUCGACGCUCGAGGCACAAGGCAUAGAGAUCGAGCGUCCGCUCGCAAUCCAAUAUGGCUCCGAACUGAAGAACUACUGGUCUACUGCUUGUGGUGACCUCCGUCCAACAUGUGUCGCAUACCCGUCGAGCACCCUGGAGAUGUCAGCAGCUAUCAAGGAAUUGCACAACACUGAUGGUCUUUUUGCAGUCAAGUCGGGCGGCCACAUGCCCAACAAUGGCUUCGCCAGUAUCCAGGACGGUCUGCUUAUCUCCACUAAGAGACUUGAUCAGGCCAUCUACAACCCGGACGAUAAAACUGCUCUCAUUGGCCCUGGGCUAGAUUGGCAGGACGCACAAAAGGCACUAGAUGACAUAAAUAGUGGUCGUACGGUGGUAGGUGGCCGAAUGGGUGAUGUAGGUAUCGGCGGCUACAUGCUUGGAGGUGGUUUGAGCUUCCUAAGCUCCCAGUAUGGUUGGGCAGCGAACAAUGUUGUCAACUAUGAAGUCGUUCUAGCCAACGGUACGGUUGUGGACGCCAACGAGAAGGAGCACUCUGACCUCUUUGCCGCUCUCAAAGGAGGCGGUAAUAACCUUGGCAUCGUCACCUCCUACAAGCUCCAAACGCAUCCGAUUUCAAAGGUCUGGGGUGGAAACUACGUCUUCACUGCUGACAAGACACCCGACAUUUUGCAAGCCGUCCGCGACUUCACUGAAUACUACCCCGACGACAAGGCGGCCGUUAUCGUGACAGCCGACCACGCUGCUCUAAUCAACACCUGGAUCAUGUUCCUGUUCUACGAUGGCCCUGAGCCACCCAAGGGCGUCUUCGAUAACUUCACAGCCCUGAAUCCUAUCGACACCACAAAAACAUGGGAUUCAUACAACGACCUACUUAAAAACAACAACUUCUUCAUCUUACAGGGCCAACGAUAUGUAAUCACCACCGAAACAACCCCUCUACCGUCCGAAGAUGUCGGAGCGGAGGUUAUGCAAACCCUGUACGACACCUGGUUCAACAUCACCAAUACGGUUAUCGACGUCCCGAAUGUCAUCGCAUCAAUGGCCCUGCAGCCGAUGUCUCGCACCAUCACCGAGAAGGCCAAAGCCAGAGGAGGGGACUUGCUCAAUUUCUCCCCCGAACAAGACUACCUGAUCUUUGAAUUCGACUUCUCCUACGCCGUCUCCGCAAGUGACAACAGGAUCGAUGCCGCGACCAAGAACCUCUACAGCGGAAUGAACAACGCCAUCUCCGAUUUAAUAGAACAGGGCAAGCUGCCUGAUGUUUAUCGGCCGCUGUUCAUGAACGAUGCCUACCGCUCACAGGACUACUGGGGCCGUAUCGAUCCUCAGUCCAGAGAGCUGGCGCUUAAAGCGAGGAAGGCAUACGACCCGGAGAAGUUCUUCCAGACACGGACGAGUGGUGGAUUUAGACUUGGAUAA